AUGUCUUUCUUCAAUUCAAUAGGUCGUUCUAUGUCGCGUACACCGCGCGGACCCAAGCGUUCGCCUACACCAACCUCUUCGACGUUCUCGUCUGACAUGCCACCCCCACCCAUACCUUCGUCUCCAGUCACACCUAUAGCACAAAAACCUCUUUAUUUGUGCAGCCCAUUUGUAGAGGCAGCACUCGUCAAAGGAAACUUCAAGACCAUCGUCGUUCUUCCGAAGUAUGUUGACAUCAUGGAGUGGGUAGCCGUCAAUGUAUUCGACUUUUAUACCAACCUCAACGAGUUUUAUGGCGUCAUUUCGGAGUGCUGUACGCAGCAAUCAUGUCCAACCAUGUCUGCUGGACAAAAUCUUAACUACACAUGGAUCAAUCAAGAUCGCAAGAGCGUGCACCUUGCUGCGCCCACCUACAUCGACUACGUCAUGACAUGGAUCCAAAACCUUCUCGAUGAUGAAAAUGUCUUCCCUACAAAGUCUGGACACGACUUCCCUCAAUCAUUUCCCUCGACUGUCAAACACGUGUACCGUCAACUCCUUCGCGUAUUCGCACAUAUCUAUCACGCGCAUUACCCUCAAAUCCUCCAUCUGCGUUCAGAGCCGCAUUUCAACUCCCUCUUUGCCCAUUUUCUGGCAUUUGGGCGAGAAUAUGAACUGUUGGACAUCAAAGACGUGAAGGGCGCUGCUAACUCACCUGUUGGCGCUGGCAUGCUUUGGGAAAGGUGGAGGGAAAUGGGAAUCUUGGAGGGUUAG